AUCGCCACACAUUCAUUUCAACUGUCAACCCCGCCACGACACCGCGAGCAGCUCGGAGCCCUGUGCGCAGACGACAAAAAACACCGCCAAUGGACUACCGCACACAACAACAAGCUCUCCUCUCCUCCCGCCUCAUCGCACCACCGCUGGGGACAAGAUAAACAAAAGCUUUCACGGGUUUAUCUUUAUCCCAGAGUAAAAGCGCGCGCGGGAUGUUUCAGUGUCUCGCGCCGUUACGAAGAGGAGGGAGCCGCUCGCGCUCAAUGAUUAGACAAUUAGCGAUUUAACCAGUAAUUACAUAAGUAGUGUUUAAAGCACCGUAGCGCUUCGUCAAUCUGUGACUUGACUAAUUUUAGACCGGAGGGAAGCCAGCGGAGGACUCACUGUUUAUUUAGGAGUUUUUUUUUUCUUCUUUUCCCUUUUUUUCCCCCCAAACAGUGCACUUGGAUUUCAGUGGCGUUCAGAAGGCGAGAGUGGAGCCAAGGACGAGGUCAAGACCAUUCAAGUCAGGUUGAUAUCAGAGGAAGAGAUGACCCUUGUCUUGUCAAUGAAUCCCUUUUUGGAUCCAGAAGGAGACCCUCCUCUCUCCACCCUUCAGCAGAUCUGGGAAUCAGAGCGCUGUCCCAAGAGCUGUCUGUCAAACUCCUCCCUGCCGUGCAGCUCCGAGGAGCCGUUUACAAGAGAGCCACAUUGUAGGCGAGUUCCUGAUCAUGUGUCUUUGUCAAGAAUCGCCUACUUUAAGAGGAAGUUCAUUGAUGACGAAGAUGAAGCCCCUUUCAGAUUUCGAACAUACUGCCAGACCGUUGCACCAGUGCUGGAGGAGAGGGCCCAUGUGCUUCGACUCUCAGUUGAGAAGAUGAGAUUUAUUGAUGAUCCUGAGGCCUUUCUUCGCCGCUCGGUUCUCGUCAACAACCUCCUGCGGCGACUUCGAGCUGAAAUCCUGCUCCAGAGCACAGACUGGUGUUUCCCUCCAAACCCUGCGUUAGCCGCCGGGCCGUGUGUCCUCCCUCCCAGCUCCAGCCCACCCCAUCCAGCUCUCCAUGGCACCUUGCCCCCCAGGAUCUGCCUCCCUCCUCAGCCUGGACCACCUCAGCGGAAGCGCUACCGGAUGAUGCGUGGCCAGGGCUUUCUGCGGCCUGACUGUGCUCAGACGUGUUGUUGUAUCUAUGCAGCAGCUGCAGCAGGACACUACCUCCACCUGCCCUUCUCCAUGUACGAUGCAGCCCUCUCUGCCUGCCCCACUACACCGCACUCCCCCUCCUCCUUUCUCCAACUGGCCAACCACAGCAAACUAGGCUUCGCUAUUGAUGUAGAAGAUCAUGAUGAGGAGGAUGAAGAGGUGGAGGAGGAGGAAGAAAAUGAAGAUGAUGAGGAGAGGGAAGAGGAGGAAGGGGACGAAAGACAGCAACCAGGGACAUCCUUUGCUUUAAUGAACAAGUCCAGUUCAAAAAGGACUAGGACUGCACCAGGUAAAAAACAGACCCACAAAAGGACAGAGGAGGAGAACUGCAUGAGACACAGUAUCGAGGAAGAGGAAGAAGAGGAAGAAGAGGGGUCAGACAUUUCAGAAAAACAGCUCCAGAAAGUUAGCAUUUGGCACCGAAGAGCUCAUAGACAAUAAUGUUGCAUUAAAACUGGAAGGUUAUCUAAAAUGGCAUUAACAUGUCUCCAUUGUGAGAAGCUAUGCCCCAGUAGAGUAACGGUGUAACCUGCUUGUACCAUUAUAACGCUGACAGACAGCUCAAAGAAGCCUGGCCUGUCAGACUGACUCUUGACCUAUUCCAUACAAAGAAGUUAAUCUGGUACCUCUUCAUUAGAACUGGAUUGAAUGGACCGUGUAUGGCAGUAGCACAUACAAACCCAGUAUAUGGGGUUUUGGAGCAUCACAAAGUCUCUUGAUUUUAUAAGUGUAGUAAAAAUAGGUAAGAGCAAAUCAAACACUUUGUUGUGGUACCAGAUGUACUUUCUUUGUAUUAAAUACAAUGAGACUGUCUAAUGGCCAGGCUAGGUUAGAACAUGGAUGAGAUAUGAGAUUUCUCACCCACCAUAAAUUUUUUUUAACAUUUUAGUUGGCUUAAGCACAGUGAUAAAGUAGUACCAGUAAACAAAACAACUGAGGAUCAACAAGAUGUGGCUUAAAGAGUUCUUACUCUGUCCAUCUUUAUAUAUGAUUUAUUGUGAUCCCAUGGAAGCUUUAUUUUUAUAGACUUUACAUAGUACACAGCUUCAAGUUUCAUUCGACUC